CGGUGAUAUUAAGAAAUUGGAGCACAAUUAUUGAGAAUAUAAAAAGGUACGAGGGUAGGCUUUGCAUCACAGUUGGCUCAGUUAGUUUCGUCUAGACACAUACUCAACAAUCCAAAAUGGCAUUCAAGUUCAUCGCAUUCGCUGCCCUAGUGGCUGCCGCCCAAGCCGGUCUCCUGCCCGCCGCCCAACUCUCCUACGCCGCCCCCGCCCCCCUUGCCGUAGCCAAGACCGUCGUAGGCGACGACUACGACCCCCACCCGCAGUACAACUACGCCUACGAGAUCCAGGACGGCCUUACCGGCGACAACAAGAACCAGCAAGAAUCGCGCGACGGCGACGUCGUCCAAGGCAGCUACUCCCUGGUGGACGCUGACGGCUUCAGGAGGACCGUGGAGUACACAGCCGACCCUGUUCACGGAUUCAACGCCGUCGUGCACAGGGAGCCUCUCGUCCAGAAGGCCGUGGUCGCUAAGGUAGCGGCACCUGUUGCCUACGCCGCUCCUGUCGCUAAACUUGCCUACGCUGCUGCGCCGGUCGCUAAAGUCGCCUACAACGCACCUGUUGCUUACGCCGCACCUGUUGCUAAACUGGGAUACAGCGCACCAGUCGCUUACGCUGCUGCCCCCAUCGCUAAGGUUGCCUACAACGCACCUGUUGCAUCGUACUACCACUGA